AUGGAUAGACUAGCUCAUUGGGGAAUUGAAGUAGAGAAGAUCUGUGUGAUGUGCAAGAAUGAAGAAGAAACUGCAGAGCAUCUGUUUAUACAAUGUAAUUAUGCAAGAGGAAUAUGGGAGAGAUUGUUAAGCUCAAUAGAGAGACAAACUGAAGCUCCAAUGACUUGGGAACAAUUUGUACAAUGGUGCAUUAUGCAUGGAAAAGGGAAGAGGGCAGCUGCACAACUGUUCAAAGCUAUCCUUGUUGAAGGUAUCUAUGGAUUGUGGAUGGAGAGAAAUAAUAGAAUCUUUGAUCACAAGAGUAGAGAUGAGGAACAACUUGUUAAAGAGAUAGUCUACAUUACUAUUGUUAGAACUCAGCAUUCGGCAGAUAAGUAG